GAAGAACCCUCACGGGCGAUAGCAGAGCUUUUCUUUUGAUGGUUUCAAGCGGAAGUGACAAAUUUCUGCACUAAAGAAAUAACACUUCCUCCGAAAGUAAAACCAGCGAAGAGCGGCGUUUGAACAACUCGAAAAAAGAACUCUCCACCCAACAACUGGUCACUUUGCCUCGGUGCCUGCUUCCUGGCUCGGAUUCUGCCUCCCUGAUAGCAACCACCUGUACGGCGCAGUGAGCGCAGCGUCGGCCCGUGGUGGUGGGACCGGCUCUGUGAUGGACAGACUGAUGCUGUCUCGCAUCGACGAGGACCUGGAGUCCUCUGAGGUGGCAUCGCUCUGCUUCUUGUGUCGAGAUGUCAUCAAGAGGAAACGUCUGGAGGGGAUCAGUAAUGCAAAAGACCUUUUCCAGAGACUGGAAGAAAACGGUCUGCUGGAGAACAACUUGUUCCUUUUUGAGCUCCUCCAAACUAUCCGUCGAGCAGAUCUCCUCGACUUGCUGGAGCCAGACAGCAGCCCCCCAGAAGUAGCGGAUGCAAACCCCAUCCUGUCAGAAUACAGGGUGAUGCUGUACAAAGUGGAUCAGGACAUAACUCAGGAAAAUCUGACAAAGAUGAAGUUUAUUUUGGGCCCUCUGCUAGGCAGAAGACAGAUGGAGACAUGCAAGACGGCACUGGACGUGUUUGCUGAAAUGGAAAAGACUGGUUCAUUGUCCCCUACAAAUCUCAGGGAGUUGCAUACAGUGGUGCAGGGAUUUGAUCAUCAACUGGCAUCAACAAUACAGCGCUACAUUGACGGGGCAACCCGGCGACCUCAAACCACAGGAUCUCAUGUCAACAUUGGAUCACCGGGGAGGGUAAGCAACACCUCUCAGCCACCAGUUGAUGUGUCGAUAUAUGAGACUCAGUCCCGCUAUCGAGGAAUGAGUGUUUGCUCUGAUUCAGAACCAAAUAUAAACCCAUCUCCUCUAUCCGAUCAUACCGAGUACUACUCUUUGAUUCAUAAACCACGUGGUUUGUGUGUGGUCAUUAAUAAUGAGGACUUCCUUGGACGGGAGCUGAGAAACCGAAAAGGAACCCAGGAGGAUGAGAAUGCUCUGUGCUCAUUGUUCUCCCGCCUUGGAUUUACCAUGUUGGUAUACAACAACUUGACUGCAGAAGCCAUGCAACAGGAACUACAGAAGCUCGGCUCACGGAAUUUUGGGAAUGAUGAUGCAUUGGUGGUGUGCGUGCUUUCCCAUGGGGAGAUGGAAUGUGUCUUUGGGUCCGAUGAGCAGCGGGUGUGCAUAACAGACCUGACCCAGCCCUUCACCAGCAGGGGGGCACCCAGCUUGGCAGGGAAGCCCAAACUCUUCUUCAUCCAAGCGUGUCAGGGAAGCGGAUACCAGGGAGGAUCCUUGCCGCACCCCCCCUCACCGGCACAGGAGGAGGGGGUCAGACAGAGCCGCCUGGAGGAAGACGCUGGUCCUAUAAAAGGCGAGACCGUUCCGUGGGAGGCCGACUUCCUGCUGGGGAUGGCCACCGUGCCACAGUGCAAGUCGUUUCGAAACACUUCCACGGGCUCCAUCUACAUUCAGCAGCUGUGCACUCAGCUGGAGAGGUCAGCAGAAAGUUUGGCGAAUGAUGAUAUUCUCACUGUGCUGACACGUGUGAACAGGGAGGUCAGCAAAGGAAUAUAUAAAAACCACAAACAAAUGCCGCAGCCCAAAUACACUCUCACCAAGAAGCUGGUUCUCAAGUUUGUAUGAGCUGACCGCAGCCGAAUGCAGAGCGGAGAAUGUGCCAGUUUCACAUUGAUGCAAAUGGUUUACUGGGUGUCUGAAUAUGGUCUUGUGUUUGUUUGUUUUUCUCACUGUACAGAACAGCUGAUUUGAUCAGUUUUGGAUGUCAGCGUCUGUUUAGUUAUCUUGAAUCAGGUUUCUCUUAAUAAAAAAGCAUGGUGGCAAAAUAAAUAUUGCAAAAGCCACUCAGAGAAAAUGCCCAUUUUUAAAUGUAUGUGAUUAUUAUGAUUCAGAACAUUAUUAUUGUGGUAUUGCAUUGUCAUUUAAUCUGCACAAAUGAUAAACAUUAUUAUUAUUGAUAUUAGUGGUUUUAUAAAGUAAUGGAAAUGCAGGACCCAAAGACCCAGUGACUGGUAAAAGUCCUCUCUUUCCAUACAUACAUCCAUUAGCCAUAUCAUACUAUCUUUAUUGCAAAAGGAACAAUGUGUGAAUGUGAAGAUGAAUGCAGGAGAAUGAAAACUACAUUUGUACUCUAAAAGAAAUAAAUAUAUUUAACUG